CCGAAUGAACAUAACGUUAUAUUAACGUAACAUUAAAAAUGAAUCGGUUUGUCUUUAAUAUUGUAUUUGUGUUGUUACUUAGUAAUGUUUGUUGUAAAAUUGUGAAUAAACGGAAAUGUCCCGAGGUUCGCGCUGCACCUCAUUUCGAUCUACCACAGAUGUUAGGAGAUUGGUUUGUCGUGGAGUACUAUGCGAGUGCCGAGGAAGCCUUAUCAUACAGCUGCAUGAGAGCCGUCUUUACUCAAGAUGAUCACGUACAACAAGAAGACGGCUCAAUAGAGUGGACCCCCGGCGUCACAAUGAACUUUACCUACCGCUUCGCUGACGACCCUCUCGGUGAGAAUUUAUAUGGGAACAUAACGUGGAGAAUCGACCUCAGUGAGCCAGCACACUGGACGCACUCAGAGCUGACGUAUGCGGGAAUUUAUAACACAUACGUUUUGGACACAGAGUAUAAAACAUGGGCGUUACUUCUGCAUUGCGCUGAACAGAACGAAGGAACCAGAUACUUGACUGCUUUUGUGCUGUCUAGGUCGACUUCCCUGCCUAAGAAUGUCAUGGCCUACUUGAGGGAUAAACUUCCAAGGUAUGACGUUGAUAUCAAUUAUGUAUUUCCCAUACCUCAUGAAGACUGCUCCAGCAAGCCGGCAAGACCCGACGAUUCUCCGAUUAUUGUGGAAGUAGGGAGCAACAUCCCCAAGCGACCUGACACCAGCUAUAAAUUAUCGUUUGGAAAUUAAAUCAUAUCCAUAAACUUGAAAUGCCUUUUUGUAUCAUUAAUAAAAUAAUUUUUGGUAUGUAUAAA